AUGCACGUUAAACCCACAGUAACAUACAAACCGGACAAGAGCCAUUCAGCAGAUUACAUAACGGCAUCUGCACACACCAACAAUCUAUGGUUGUACGGUACAUGCACCGGUAAGGUGCUCGCGCACAGCAACAACGCGUUCUACGAGUACACAUCGCACGUGCAAUCGUUUGAUUACUUGGAGAGCAUGGAAAUUGCUGAGAAUGUGUGUGCCUUGGAGGUGCACGAUAACGGGAAUGGGCGGAUGAUGGUUGUGAGUGCCAAUGAGAGGAACAUACGGAUUGAUGAGGUAGAGGUUGGUAGGAACGAUGAGAUUGUGAUGAUGGGGAUUGAAUGUACGGAUGGAAAGGAUGAGGAGGGUGUUGAUUGUGAUUUUGAUCAUAAUUUGGAUGGUACCGCUGAGCGUACCUCUGUUAAUACAACACAUAUUUUGACUACCCCAGCGUGUACCACCCCUGAGUUACACCCCAUCCCAGCGUGCACCACCCCUUCACCUGCGAUCCACACAAUCACCCCCACUCCUUCACCCGCCAUCCACACAAUCACCCCCACCCCUAUAAACACCGCAUUGGUGUCCGAACUAGACGCACACUCAUACAACAUACACUCGCUCAGCCUACGCAACCACUUUCUGCUCUCCUCAGACUACUUCUGCAUAGACAUACACAACAUCCACAGGAUGAAGCAAUCGGUGCUCAACCUCAUAAACAUAAAACCUGCAAACCUGGACAAUCUCGGCUCAGUAAUAACAAAAUGCACGUACUUCUCGUACGACACGUUCCUAUACGCCCUGUCAUCGGGCAGAAUAUACCUGAACGAUAUGCGUGCGAGCGUGCAGUCAAAACGGACACACCAGUUCAGCUACCAGCCGGACAGUUACAGAGAGAUACUGUCGGCCGUGUCUGACAUAUCCGUGGUGGAUGACCGCUCGUUUGUGGCACGCAAUCUUAAUACGGUGGUGCUGUACGAUGUGCGUAACGACAAAUCGCAUGUUGAGACGUACGAGGUGUUCAAGGCGGACGCGAAGAGCAUACAGAGGGUGUGCACACAGGAACUGGUGUACGAGAGGAUGCAUUGCGUGUAUGAUUGUGGACGGAUUGUCACGGGAGAUUUUGAUGGUAAUUUUUAUGUUUUUGGGAUGGAUGGGGAGAGGGUGUGUGUGAAGGGAGAGGGGAUGGCCAAGGUGAUAGGGUGCAAGGGAGAUGACAUUGCUGUGUGUGGCGAUGCGGUGCGCUAUUACAAGAUGUAUGAGUGAUUUGUUUGUUGUUGUACCGGUAGAAAUACGAUGAAUUAUUGUAAAUUGAUCACAAUUCGCAGUUGAUCAACAUCACAGAGAAGAUAAGAACAGCUGUUUGUACAGAAAAUGGUUAGUAAAUCA